AUGUCGUAUGACUAUCUCUUCAAGUACAUAAUCAUCGGAGACACUGGUGUGGGGAAAUCUUGUCUUCUGUUACAGUUCACGGAUAAGAGGUUCCAGCCAGUGCAUGAUCUCACAAUCGGGGUGGAAUUCGGGGCUCGUAUGGUCACCAUCGACGGCAGGCCCCUUAAGCUUCAAAUUUGGGACACUAGUUGGGGAAUGAUUCUCUCCACGGUCAUGCUAAUGUUGAUCUGCUUUCCUGUUUUGCUGAAACCUGCAUCUUCCCUGAAAUCCAUCACUAGAUCAUAUUACAGAGGAGCAGCUGGUGCACUACUUGUUUAUGACAUAACCAGGAGAGAGACAUUUAAUCAUCUGACAAGCUGGCUGGAAGAUGCUCAGCAGCAUGCAAACCCAAAUAUGACGAUCAUGCUUGUAGGAAACAAAAGUGAUCUUGCUCACCGAAGAGCUGUAAGCAAAGAGGAGGGAGAACAGUUUGCCAAAGAAAAUGGACUGCUAUUCUUGGAAGCAUCUGCUAGAACAGCCCAAAAUGUCGAGGAGGCAUUUACAAAGACUGCGGCAAAGAUACUUCAGAAGAUCCAGGAAGGCGUAUUUGAUGUAUCCAACGAGUCAUCUGGCAUCAAGGUUGGCUAUGGACGGCCCCAAGGUCAACCUGGGGCAAGAGAUGGAGCAGUUGCACAAAGAGGCGGAUGUUGCAGCUAA